AGGACUCAGAUCACGCCGAGUUGACUUGGAGCUUCCAGAAGAUCCACAUGAUCACCUUGGAGCUAUCUCGAGCGGGAAGUGAUGAGGUGGCUCUUUGGCGCCGCCUGGGGCAGCUCUUCUCCCGGGAGGCCUUCCAGGGCCCGUUGCAACGCUUCUUGUUGCGCUGGAUGCAGCGGCAGCGGCGGAGAGCCGCGGUCAAGGAGAAUUUGGCACCCGGAAAAACUUCGAAGUCCCUGCGGAUGGAUGACUAUGCCAGCCUGCGAGAGCUCUGCAGCGAUGAAGAUCUACCAGGUGCCUUUCCACAUUCAGUCCUUAGCCAACUCCGGAAGACCCUGCUCUCGACCGCACGACCUACGGCUGCCGUGCUGCAAGCGACCGUUGAGGCGCUGGAGAAGUGCGUCACGGCCUGCGGCCCAGCCUUCCGCCCCUGGCAGCGCUUCGCGGGUCCCCUCCUGCGCCUGGCGGCGCAGCAGCACGGGCUGCGCCGCAGUGUGGCUGCAGUGCUGCUGAGCAGCGGGGAGGCGCUACGGAGGACCUGGCGCAGAUGGAUGCAGGUCUGUGAGAGCUCCGGAACCACGGAUCAGGC